AGACCAUGUAAACCACUAGAACUAGAAAAUGGCAGAGUUGAUUUAACCAGUUUCCGGCUUGGUGCAACAGCAAACUUCUCCUGUAAUGAAGGUUACAAAUUAAUUGGACGGACUUCUGCCCAGUGUGUGCUUGUGAAAAAUGGAGUUGAUUGGGAUCAGGAGGCUCCAUUUUGCAAAGUAAUACCUUGUCUUCCACCUCCUGAUAUCACCCAUGGAUCCCAUAAUGCUCUGAGUGGAGAAGAGUUUUUCUUUGGCUUAAAAGUAACUUACAAAUGUGACCCGGGCUUCUCUCUUAUUGGAGAGGCUUCUGUUUUUUGUACAACGAAAGAUGAUGUCAAUGGAGAGUGGAGUGGGCCUGCCCCUGAAUGCAAAGUGGUCAAGUGUCCAGAGCCUGAAGUCAAAAAUGGAAAAAAACACUCUGGGUUUGGACCUGACUAUUCAUAUGGAAACAUUGUAAUAUUUGAAUGUGAGUCUGGCUACACUCUGACUGGUAGCAGUUCAGUUAAAUGUGAAGCUAACAAUUCAUGGGUUCCAUCUUUGCCCACCUGUCUACGCAUAAUACAUACUUCUCCUUCAGGAGGAAUAAAAGAUACUUCUGGUGAGUUGGAAGAACUUUUUUGGGGGGGGGCUAUUUAAAGCUUCCAGAUUUUUAG